ACAACAUCGCACGUCAAGCGUGCUAGGCAAGGAGACGGGGCGGUGGCCUCCCUACGAGCCGGAGAGGCCUCCUUGGCUGCCGCUGCCGCCUCUCUCCGCUGCGCCGGGGGCUGCUCGGCCCCGUCCCCACACGGCGAGGCUCACGCACCGACCCGGGCCAGGCUCGUCGCGGCGGCGGUCGGGACCCGAGCUCGCGCAGCAGGCUCGCAGAUGGGUCAGGGACUUUGGAGAGUUGCUAGGAACCAGCAACUGCAACACCAAGGCUAUCUUGCCAGAGAACAUGGUAGGCGAGUAACUACUAACAACGUUUCAAAUACAAACCAUCGGAAACAAGCCCAAGGAGGCAUUGACAUCUACCACCUGUUGAAGACAAGAAAAUCUAAAGAACAAGAAGGAUUCAUUAACCUGGAAAUGUUGCCACCAGAACUUAGUUUUACCAUUUUGUCGUACCUGAAUGCAACUGAUCUCUGUCUAGCUUCCUGUGUCUGGCAGGAUCUCGCUAAUGAUGAGCUUCUCUGGCAAGGGUUGUGCAAAUCCACUUGGGGUCACUGUUCUAUAUACAAUAAGAAUCCACCUCUAGGAUUUUCUUUUAGAAAAUUGUAUAUGCAGCUGGAUGAGGGCAGUCUCACCUUUAAUGCCAACCCUGAUGAGGGAGUCAACUACUUCAUGUCCAAGGGCAUACUAGACGAUUCACCGAAAGAAAUAGCUAAGUUUAUCUUUUGCACAAGAACACUAAAUUGGAAGAAGCUGAGGAUCUACCUUGAUGAAAGGCGAGAUGUUUUGGACGACCUUGUGACACUGCACAACUUCAGAAAUCAGUUCUUGCCAAAUGCACUGAGAGAGUUCUUCAGACAUAUUCAUGCUCCUGAGGAGCGUGGGGAGUACCUCGAGACUCUCAUAACAAAGUUCUCUCACAGAUUCUGUGCUUGCAACCCUGAUUUGAUGAGAGAGCUUGGCCUUAGCCCUGAUGCAGUUUAUGUACUGUGCUACUCUUUGAUUCUACUUUCCAUUGAUCUAACAAGCCCUCAUGUGAAGAACAAAAUGUCAAAGAGAGAAUUCAUCCGAAAUACACGACGUGCUGCACAGAAUAUUAGUGAAGAUUUUGUAGGGCACCUUUAUGACAACAUCUACCUUAUUGGCCAUGUGGCUGCCUAAAAGCACAAUUUGCUAGCACUUAAAAUUUCUAAUUUUCAGAAACUAUGUCAAUUCAAGAAAUUAAUUAUUUUGUAGAGAUGGGGGUUAUUUUAGUGCUGGUCAUUCAAACCUCUGUAUGCAAUCAAAGUCUCUGUGUGUAAGCGUGUGUAUGUGUAAACUACCUUUUAUAUUUACCGUGGGAAUGGGAGAAUAUGGAGACUUGGUUUUCAUAAUUUUUUUAGUUUUGCACAAAACAAUGCCAUUAGUCUGACACAGCUAUUUACGAAUGUUAAAACUGACAUUACAGUCUAAUUUGACAAAGCAGUGAAUUUGUGCAUUAGAUCUGCUUGAAACUUUAAUAAGUUCAUUCUUUUUAGAAUACCAUGUAAUGUGUAUAUAUUUAACUAAAGAGAUUUAUAAUUAUUUUAUUGUAAACUAUUUUAACUAAAAUUUCUCCUUUUAUCUCUUAAAAUAGUGUUGUAUUCCUUUCUUUUGCAUUUUUUACAAUGCUGACUACCUCAGAUACAUAAGUUAAAGAAAUAUUACAAUAAAGUUUGUUUUAGGACGUGACAAAACAUUUGUAUAAUAUCUAAGCUGAUAUUUAAUACUAUCUUGGCUAACUUGAAUUAGCUUAUUCCCAGUCUGCUAUUCACUCAGUUCUAAAGAAGAUUACAACCUUUAUUUUAGGUAACUUUGAUGUCAUACAGGGAUAGUGUAGGGAAAUUGUGCAGUUUGCAUACAAAGUGCUAACCUUUAUUGCAGACAGCAGUUACUGGGGUCGUAGGACAAACAGUGUCAUCUGUUUAGCACAGUAAGCAAGGAAAAAUCUCAACAGGGGAAGUGGUGGAGCAACUAAUGUGUUACUGCUUUCCACUGGUUCUCUCGGUCUAGAGGUGUCAAUGGUGGAAAUGCCCAGGCAAACAUGUACCAGAUGACUCAAGCUGUUGAAAACUGACAGUGCAAGGUUAGAGGAGUGACUGGGCAGGACUGGAGAGCCAUUUCAGACUCAGAUACUGAAUUACUCAUUCUAAAUCUGUCAUGUAGCUAGAUUUUAAAUAGUUCUAGAUUUAUUAAAAUACUUCAAAAAUGGUUUUGGUCAGAUUGUGUCUUACUUUUUCUGAAGUGUAUACAAUAUCAGCAGUGGAACUGCCAUGCAUGUGCAGGAAUUAAGUGAUGAUUUGCCUGGAUUUUGAUCAGAUAACUCAUAGAGCAGUGCUUCUCUUAAAUUGACAGAACACAUAGCUGAAAUCAGAGCUUCUCCUGAUUAUGUUUGUCUACAAAAUUAUCAGCUAUCACUAGUAUCUGAAUUCAUCAUGGUAACCAUCCAAAUAAGGGCUACAUAAAAGGAAAUAGCUGUAGUUUUUUUAUUACAUUGCCUUUAAUCAAGUGUAAAUGCCGUUUGUAUUUGUGUAGCAUACACAGCCAAAGCCAGGAGACAGCAGCAUUGCAGCUAUUUUCCAGACAGGUUUUACAGUAUCACUCCC